GCUGUAGGCAUGGCGGAUGUGUUUUUCACUUCAUGCUUUGCUGUUUAGCCCAAAUGUUUGUGCUUAGCAUCACAACACGAACCGGCGCAGAAUCAGACCUCAGCGCACCGGUGCACUGAGCCUGUUUCCUCAGAUGCUAACGGCUGCAGCGGCUCGGAGCAGCCGUCACACCGCUCUCUGCCUCCCUGUCGGUCCGCACACGUCGGGCACUUGUGACCCAGUUUGGUUUGCUUUUGAAGACUUACCGGAGCAGGAUGAGACAUCAGGAGCCUGAACAUGGACCAAAGAGGAUAUUUUAAUUCAGUGACUCUAACUUGAGUCACAGAAGAAAUAAAAUUUGCCUCAGUGGAAAAAAAAACACACACACACACCAAAAACUAAACAAUGGGUGAGGUGACUGUGGAAGUAGAUGAGGAGGUGACGAAACAGGACAUCUCCUUGGAGCCGCUCCCAGAGCCACUUUUGAUAAUCCUGUCCCCACCUCCACCUUUCUUACCUGUCCCUGGUGAACCGAGCAUGUUUUGGCAUAAGUGGCUUAAAGCUUUUGAACACUAUCUCGAAGCGCUCGGUGAAAACGAGCUGGUCGACUCCAGCAAGUGUGUGCUUUUACAGAACUGCCUUGGCCCAGAGGGGCAGCGCAUCUACAGAAUACUAAUCCAGGGUGAGGCCACAUACGCAGGAGCCAUCUCAGUGCUGACGGUUUACUUCAGCUCUGAUCACACCUCUCAGAUGUGCCGCCUUAAAUUCCAUCAGAGGGCUCAGAUGCCUGGAGAGACCAUAGAUCAGUUUGUGUCUGCGUUGAAAGAACUGCUGAGGCCUUGCAAUUAUGGAGACUUACAAGAUAAACUUAUCUUGGAUCAGCUGAUUGAGAAAACAAACUGUGCACAACUCAAAGAGAGGCUGUUGCUGGAGAAGGAAACGCUGACCUUGGCUACAGCGUUGGUUAUCGGUAAAGAGGUAGAAUCUGCUUUAAAUGAAUCUGAACUGUUUGGUUUUCACGAGGUCAGUGUUGAUAUUGGAGACAAUUUAGACCCUCCUGUUCAGAGAAAGGCCAAAAGAGGUCGACCUCGGCGAGGAGAGAAAAGGACGAAAGCAAAACCACGCUCAACUAAGAGCCCAACAAAAUCAUCUAGAUACAAAGACAACUACUAUUACAGCAGUGAUAAGCUAUAUUAUAGUGAUAAUGAUGAAGAUAAGUCGAAGAGUGCUGAUGAGACUGAUCUGCUGUGUGAGAAAACCAAUGAUAAAGGUGAUGGUGAUAUUGAAGCCUCGUCGUCAUGUCAGAGAAUGCAGGAGGAAGGUUGUGACAAGGCUAGUAACGAUGAUGGUGGUGGUGUUGAUGAUGAUGGUGAUGAAGAUGAUGAAGACUUUGUAGUUUCUUCAACCAAACUAAAAGGCCCCUACUGUCCCAUCUGUAUUGACAGGCGCUUCAGAGAUGCAAACAAGCUCGCCAGACACAUGAGGACGCACACGAAGGAGAAGCCGUUCAGGUGCCCCGUCUGUGCUAUGACUUUCAGCCAGUCGUACCACAUGACCCGGCACCUGAGGAACCAGCACGGUGCAGGGCAACACGUCUGCUCCACAUGUGGGAAAAGUUUAGGCAGCUCCGCAGAGCUGCAAAGUCACAAGAGGACGCACACGUUGCAAAUCCUGUCAUGUCCUGAAUGUCAUAAAAAAUUCACUAACAAUGGUGCGUUAUUUAGUCAUAUUGUGUCACAUGGAAAAAAACAAAAGAAACAGUCUACCCAGACAGAGGCACGGAGUUUCCAGGAAAGCGAUGAAGUAAAAAACCAAGCGAUAACUGAAUCAAGUGAGAAGAACAAUAAUGUGAGUGACAGUGACAGUGACAAUGUUGCUGAGAUUGAUCCAGACUCAGGUAAGGGUGAUUCUCAGGACAAAGGACCUGGAGUUCAUGUUAAGACGGAAGACAAAGACUCAAAUGAAGCUAAAUCUAAAGAUGGAGGCAGUAAAAAAGAAAAAGUUUCUUCAAAAACUAAAACAAAAGGCCAUUUUUGUCCCAUCUGUGUUGGCAGGCGCUUCAGAGGGCCAAACAAACUCGCCAGACACAUGAGGACACACACAAAGGAAAAGCCGUUCACCUGCCCCGUCUGCGCUUUGACCUUCAGCCAGUCGUAUCACAUGACCCGACACCUGAGGAACCAGCAUGGCUUGGGCCAGUACAUCUGCUCUAAAUGUGGGGAAAAUUUAAGUAGCUGGCUAGAACUGAAAGCUCACAAGAAGACUCAUGCAGUUGAAGGCCUGACGUGUCUUGCAUGUGAUAAACAGUUCAAGGAGAAGGCCGCACUUGUGAGUCAUCUCAAGUUACACAAAAAGGUCCAGUCCAGUCCUCGAAGCCUCAUCUGCGACGACUGCGGCAAAGUAUUUGGCCGAAUGUAUCAUUUGAAAAGGCACAUAGUGACCCAUCGCAAAGCAUCAAAUGGCGAGUGUUACACAUGCCCUGAUUGUCAGAAGAACUUUGCCUUCCCUGAGGACCUCAACAAACACCUGGAGAUUCAUGUGAAAGAAAACAGUGGGACUUGUCCGAAAUGCAAUGAAACCUUCAACAGUCCAGAAGAACUGGAGACGCACAUGGGAGUUCAUGAAAAGUCUUACACCUGCAACACCUGUGGGAAGAAGUUUAAGGUCGAGUACGCGCUGAAGAAGCAUGAGCAGGGCCACCAAAACGAACAGUAUUAUUGUUCGUUGUGCCGCAAACGCUUCAUAAAGCUGUCUCACUACAAGAGGCACAUAAUGGUCCACGACAGGCGGGAAUCUAGAUGUCCUCACUGUGACAGUGUCUUUCUGCAGUUAACAGCUUUGAAAUAUCACCUGCGGACUCAUACUGAAGAAAGACCGUACCAGUGCACCUGCUGUAUUGAGACCUUUGAGGAAAAGGAAGAUCUGGAGCAGCACUGUCUCAAACACAGGAAAUUUAAAAAGGAGAGGCCGUACUCGUGCACUCGGUGCGAUUACGCCUUCUCCACGCUGGUGGAGCUGACGGAACACAUGAGCUUGCAUGAGGGAGAGCAGCCGUUGAACUGCCCCGUCUGCGGCAGGACUUUCCUGAACAAGAACAAGCUGCAGAAACACCUGAGCAUCCACACGGGGGAGAGACCUCACCUCUGCUCCAUCUGUGGCAACGGCUUCCCGUCCGCCGCCAGCCUCAAGUUACACAUCCACAUCCACACCGGAGAGAAACCCUUCCAGUGUUCGCAGUGCAGCAAGAGCUUCAGGUCGUCCAGCGGGCUGCGGCUGCACAGCAGACAGCACAUGGAGGUGCGUCCCAGCUACAAAUGUCCCGAGUGCGGCAGGACUUACGGUCGCAUGACGGAGCUGAAGAUGCACCAGAGGUAUCACACGGGGGACAAACCGUAUACAUGCACAUGCUGCAACAAACGCUUUAUUAGCAAAGACAAACUGAACGUUCACAUGAGGAUACACACAGGGGAGAGGCCGUACUCCUGCCCCCACUGUGGACAGACAUUUACACAGACCGGGGACAGAAACAGACACAUCAGUAAAUACCACUAGUAAGACACACACACACACACACACACAACUCCAGUGAAGCUUUGCUUUUGAAUGAUCUUACAUGUGGUUUUGCAUGUGUAUAUGGGUGGAUGUCACGAAGGAUCAAUUCAAAUUCAGAUUUUUGUCAUAUUAUUUGACAAAGAAUAAGAAACCGAAAUAUGUUGAAAGCCUAACUUUGGUAGAUUUAACCUGCCACGAACACUAGAUUGUCAUAGCUGAUGAGGUUUCGUGAUUGGUUUUUGGUAAAAUAUAUUUUCUGCUGUUAAGAAAAAAAAAUACCCUAAAAUACAACCUUGAUCAAUCAACCAAUGUUCAU